CUUUCAUUUGUAAACUACUAGUGGUCCAUCCUUAGUUUAGAAAAACUAAACGUUAAUCAGAUUAACUCAUUAGGCUUUUCUUCCUAGGAUUCAUUUUUAAUAAGUAAAGCUGUUUUCGGAAUUUUCAUCUGAUUGACCGACAAACGUCCUACUCUGCUUUUUACUUUCCUCUUAUCCUUAUCCACUACUGUAACUCAUAAGAUGGCGAUGGAUGAUACCAGAAAAUUGAGUGCGAUCAGUCCUGAGUCGGACCAAACUGUUUCAGAUGACAGCCUCGAAGAGGUGUCUGACAAGGCUAACAUCAGCAAUGAGUUCAGUGACCUUUUGCCAUCAUUUGAGAUGCACAACUUCAUGUUCAACAGGACGCUAACCGACGACCUACCACCAGCUUACCAAGAAAGUAUAACAGAUACAGUUGGCUCUUCCACUCAAUACAGCGAGUCUGUGCCUUUUUCUGAGCCAGCUUUAAACCCUGCAAACUUCGUACUUAACAAUCUGCACAAACUCCAAAAAAUCAAUCUUCCCUUCGACGUACAGGUGACGCUAACAGAGAAGCUUCCCCAACCAGGCUUGCCUUACGAAAGUAGAAACCCUUUGAAGCAAUACUUUCCUGGAGAUAUGGUGUAUGGUUUUGUUAUCUUCGAGAACAAGAGUGAUACCAGUUUGCCUUUUGAAAUGCUUUUGGUUUCGAUGGAGUGUGAAAUUGGAGUAACCCACCCAAAGAAUAAAAGACAAGUAAAAACAAAAGUUUUACGAAUGUAUGACCUUGUGGCAUCCUACAAUUUUUUAUAUGUUGACUAUCAAAAUACCCAAUGUAAUAUGCUUGAUCCAAGUGACAAUACUCGUAUUGGAUUUAGAUCAAGGGUUAUGGACCCUGGUACUCGGGUGAAGAAGUUCUUCAAGUUCAGAAUUCCACAAACCAUGUUGGAUGAUAAUUGUGAGGAGCAGUUUCCAGAGCACCUCAAAAUUGUUCCUUCGUUCGGUGUCAAUAUCUACAACCUAAACACUACUGCCGCUGCGAUCAACAUUGAUCCACAUUUAGGUUAUGGAAGGUUAGAUAGAACUGGGUCUCCCAUCAAAGUGAAGGACUAUGCCCUCCCCGGUGAGUUUUGUUCUUUUUUCAUUAACAUUCAAAUUGUUGGUAAGAGGCAUGAUGCUUAUAAGAAAUACUAUACUAAGAACACUACCCACCAAUACGAUUUUAUCUUCCUUAAGAAUGCGGCUCAUUAUUUUAGAGUAGGCAAAGUUGCCGAGUCACCUCGAUCCACUUCUAAUUAUGGGUCCACGGCAGAUCAAUUAGAUCUUAUUGAAAAGACGGCUCAGGAAGCCAUUGAGGUUUUAGCCGAAAGGAAAAUGUUGAAAGACAUUGAUAUCACAAAUAUUCAUCACCAAGAUGAGAUUAUUUUCAGCUCUAGUGGAAAAAUAAAAGCCUCCACCGAUGAUCUUUGCAAUCAAAGUACUGAAAAGCUACCUUUGGAUUUGAGCUAUAAACAGUUAAUGACUUUCAAGUUUAAGAAAGACCUCUUUUCAAAAUUGAACGGCCAACUGACAGUUAUUUGUAAAAUGGACAGAGCAGCAACGUUAAAAAGCUUUUUACCAAAGAUGUUGGAGGUUAAUCCGACCAGUGUUCUUUUGAAUGAGGAGUAUAUGAAGGUCAAUAGCCCUGUCCUAGACUUGGAACUAACUUACGGGCCUUUGGUGUCAGGAGACAAGAAGCUCCCAACUUCUCUUUAUAUCACACCAACAAUGAUAGUUAUUGAUGUUCAAUCGGCGUUCAAUAUUCCUUUCACAAUUGAUGGCGACUUCAUCCGGCAAAGUGUAGAUGAAAACAAAACUCGCUUCAAGAAGUUUGCUAUGUACUACGCUAAAAUCGGAGCAUCGAUGUUAGAACUUGGGACUGGUAUACCUAAAGCAACAAAUGAGCUUCUCAGAGGAAUGGCAUACGUGAGGUACGAAGAGAUAAGAAUCCCUAAUGUCUUCAAAGCUGUCAAUAUUGAGGUGCCACCUAAUAGCUGGGUGCUGGAAUCUGAAACGGGCACUUACAAAUUUAAGACUAAAGUUUCUUUGGAGUACGACGUCAAAUGUAUACUAAUGGCCCCCAAGACAGUGAUACCAUCGUUCCAGUCAUGCAAAAUUUCUCGGUUGUACAAAAUCCACGUAGGUGUUACUCCGAAAAGGGCGAAAACAGAAUCUACUGUCUUUCCUAUUACUGUUAUUUAAAGUUUUGCCUCUACUAAUAAUAUUCUUUUUUAGUUUAACUGUUGUGUACUCACCUUCUUAUUUAUCGCCCUAACGGUUAACAUGGUCAUUUUUCAAACGGCAAUCCGCUGUGUAU